GGUUUUAGAUUGUAAUUUGUGUUGCUGUUUAAUUAGUAAAACUUACAAACGCGUUCCUAUCUAUAACUGAAGUAUUCAAAAGCAUUGGGGUCAAACUUGAUGCUUCAUUGGAAUUCCAUUGUUUGAAUUUCUACGGUGAUGUUCCAGUGCCAGCAGAAAGUUGGGUACAAGUGAUUAACUUUAAAAGAAGGCAGGGCUGCACAAUAUAUCUCAAAUAUGUCGAUAUCACUAGAUCAGCAUACGUUUAAUAUGCAUAUCGCAAAGAACAUAUAAAUAUCGCACUGAAUGGUCAGCUUAAAUGUUUGUUACACAUGAUGCAUUCUGUCAAUCAAACGGAAGCAUGAGGUUUUGUUUUUAACAAAUCAAACAGAGCACUUCACCCAUUUAGCCAAUUGGGUGGGUUCUCAUAGGUCAGAUACCCGCCUCCGAGGCGGAUGGCACUUAAUUUAAUGGUUAGCAAACACCUGAGUUAGCUUUGUUCUGCUCUUUCUUCUGAUUCUGCUUUUCCCGGGAUCCACUGAUUGCCUUUUCUGGUUCAUUUUCUUUUCCCCUUUCCGCACAUCUUUUGCUUUUGUCAUUUUAAAGAUUUCUUUUAGUCUUUUUUUUAAUUACUUUGUUUUUGAUUAUUUUUGUUCCUGAGUUGAGUUUUUAUUUAUCGCAAGUACUGUUGUCAUCGCAAUAUUAAUCACUGUUCUCGCAAAUCACAGGUUUGCUCUAAGGUUUAUACACAGCUUUAAGUGGCAGUUUCUUUUAUUCGUUCGAAAUUAUCAUGUCCAUGGUAAGAUCCUUUGAGUUUUGUGUACAAUCUUGGAAGAAAAGGAAUUAUAACGAGACAUCUUUAGUCAUAUCUGCCAAGUUGUCUUCAUGCAAAAUGGAAAUGGUGUGGCUGUUUGCUUGUGUGAUCCCACUGAAUUUUGAGUCCCAUUGGAUUCACAGGCAACCAAACAAUCUGGGGCAAUCAGUCAAUGAGGCAGUCCGCCAUACACUCUUAAAGAAAAAACAUCAAUUUUCAAAAUAAAGGACUUACGUGUGUUAUGUGUCUGCUCAUGUCUCAAAAAAAAAGCUCAAGUCUAAAUCAUCCAAAGUUAACGCAGCAGUCGUUUCUGAGCUGAAACCAUCUUCGUAGCUUUUUUCCAUCCCAGCUGGGGUGCCAAGCCAAAGCAUAGAGAGCUGGGAUUGGCAAGACACAAAACUUCUUUGGCCAAUGGUAGACCCGCUAGAGUGGCUAGACCGACCUGCAGAGCAAAGUCUUUUGCUACUGCUCUGUUUGGUCUAGAUUUCUAGGCUACUGAUUUGAUGCAAUGGCAGACAUUAAGUGACACAUUUAUUGAUCUUAGGUGCUGUGUGAAUUGGGAAUUCUUCCUGUCUAACUCAUUUUAGAUGCUUUUGAAUUAAGACCUUGUUUAUCCAGAUAUUUAUUUCCAGCUUGUGCACACUUUUGAUUUGUCCUGCACUGUUUGCUCAUUGACUGAAAGAAGAAUGAAGACGCCCCUUGUCCACAGCCAAGGAACAGCGUGAUCAUGUGAACCACAUCUGCUUCACCAAAAGAAUGUGUUGAAUUUUAAGGAUGCAGCUUUGACAAGAGCAUGUGACAAAAGAAAGUAGAUUGUGUGUUUAACUGGUGAGGUUGUGAGGGAGUGAGGCAUGCAUCAUCAAGGUCUUCUCCAAAUCUAGGCAUGGAAAAAUCAACAAGGAGAUAUUGCGGGAAUGUGAUAAACUUGUGUUUUCAGGCAGUUGCAUAUACUGAACUCAGAUGAGCUAAAUUGUUCUUUCUGGUGCAGCUUUAGUUCACAUGGCUGCGAGCAGGCUGCCAUCUGUACUUACAAACUGUCUUCAGAGGAUGCAGACUGAAUAGAGAGUGCUGUAUGAAAAGAGCAUUUACAGACUCUAGGAAUCAUUCCCAGCACCAGAUCUCAUUGGUUAUAGAGGGGAAAUUGUCACUUUAUUCUAACAACGGUCAAGGAUUGAUGUGGUUUGUUAAAUCAAACUAUUAACAGAAAGUUAAUGUAGACUAGACGAGAUAGGUUCUCUGUGAUUCUAAUACUGGGUAUCUCGCUCAAAGCAAACAGUCCACAUAAUGGAUGUUCAACCUCAGGUUCUCCAUGUCCCAAGUUUUAUUUUAUUUUCACCACUGCCUAAGUAAUGGGUAUUGAUUGGUGACCCAGAUUUUGGGGCAUUGUGGUGGUGUCUUUUACUCUGCUGAUGGAGCAAGACAGAAUUACAAGAAGAUGGGUUUAGUAGCAAGGUAAUUCUGGCAGGCAUUUGCAAGACACUUGACUCCUAUUGCCUGCUGGUGGUGGUCGGAGGCGCCGGUGCUCUGCAACCUCGCCUCUGUCAGUGUGCCCCAGGGCAGCUGUGGCUACAAAGUAGCUCAUUACCACCAGGAUGUGAAUGUGUGUGAAUGGGUGAAUGAUUAUGUUGUAAAGCGCUUGGGGGUUCUAGGACUCUAGAAACCUCUAUAUCAAAUACAGGCCAUUUACCAUUCAAAGUCCAAAAAUGUGGUAAUUUGGUUGAUUUUCUUUGUUCUAACAAUGCUUGUUGGCAACUAAAUUGUAACUUAUGCUUCAUGAAAGUGCCAACACCACUCAAUGUGUAGAACCCAAAAUGUGCCAUGGUCCCUGCCAGUAUGUUGUUCGUGUUGACUCUUGUUUGGACCUUCAGGUGUUGAUAGAUAUGGGAUUAUGCAGAGCUUGGUGACUUGCUGAACAGGUAAUCCAACCAUUGAAUCAAGUCUGUUAGAGCAGGGAAACUGCUAAAAUAUGCUAAAUAAGGGGUUUUAGACUCAUUCUUUGAGUGCUACCUUCACACUUGUGUUGCUCAUUUCACAAAAGCAUGAUGUUGACUGCUUACACCUUGUAGUUAUUUUUUGCUGUGUGGCUUGGUACCACAUUACUACUGGACCAGUACAGGUUAUCGGCCUGGUUUUUUGAGAGGCCCCUUGUUAAUUAGUUUGCAUGCAGUAGAGAAUGUUUCUAGUUCUUCACGCCGUUUGUUGUUAAUAAAUGUACAAUCUGUGUUUUAUGGAAAGUUUUUAGCUUUUUCUGCCUUUUCCUAGACUCCUAACUUGAGUAAAUCAUGAUAUAUUUAUUAGUCCAAGUGAUUUAUGUGUUUGUGCCUUUUAGAAAAAAAAAAUUUCAUCUCAUUUAAUUUGCCUAUUACGUUACUGUGUUGAUAAACGCAGUGUACAAGUCAGUGCAGUUUACUUUAAAUAAAUUUCUUUUAGCAUUCAGAAUGAAUUCAGUCAUUUUACACUGUUAUGGGACAGAAAUGCUAGCAUCGUUGUGAGGUGGUCUAGGAAUGGGUUUAGUCUGAAAAUUACAUGUGUUUCCUGCGCCAGUAGUAACGGGUGUGAGAAAUUCCACCAGUUCCUUACUGAUUGGUGUAUGGGACACAAGAGCAUACAUGCUGUGCAUAACCUGUCAGGUAUGUGUUCAUGCACACUCGCUUUCAUCAGAAAGUGAAAUGGUAUCAUCUGAAUGUGACAUCACUGUGUGGAGGUGUGCACCAGUUUCAGGGGACUGGUUGAAAAAGGAGGUGUGUCUUUAAUUUGGCAGAGAAACAAGCCCAGGCAUGCCAACCAACUUGGCUUCCAUGACAACACCAACCAUGGGUAUUGCAAGGACUAAAAAUCUACAUGCUGCAGAUUGAAUGAAUGAAAGGCUGUUUUUGUUGAAGUAUUUUUGCUAAUUGUCAGUUUAAAUAGCGAUUCUUUCUUCAGAUAAUUGCUAAGAACCUGAGAUACACUCAAGCCUGUUUUAUGUCCUCGUUUACUGAGCAGCCAGGCACCACAUUUCUUUUUUUCCUUGCAACAUCACUAGAUGCACAGAAGUACUAUCAGAGUCCAUUUCCUAAUUACAUGUUUAGUAUCUCCAGCCAUUUCCUCAUGGACAGACUCUUCCAGAGAGCUGCUAAUCAGAUCCCGUCUGGGGCAACCUCUCACUGGUUGCUUAAUGUGAUUUAGAAUCAUUUUCAUUGGCGUGAUUGGAUUAAACUGCUGCUGCUCACUUCAUGGAUCAGGACACACACACACAGACACACACAGACACACACACACACACACACACACACACUCACACACACACACACACACACACACACACACACACACACACACACACACACACACACACACACACACACACACUGGAUUUACAAUGAAUUAAUGCAACACCUGUUAUCCGUCUUUUUUCUUCUAUAUUCAGUUGUAAUCGAACAAAAGGAGAAGAAACAAGUCUGUACGUGGCUUUUUUCUGUGUGUAGCGUUGGAGAGAAAGCAGUUUUACCAUACUGUAUAACAACACUCACACAUUAGCACGCAUGCACCCACACUCACCCACAGAUGGUUUUAUGUCUGCUAUUGAAAAGACACUCAUCUCACUAUGCACUGAUCCACUUUGUGUCUGCAGCUCAGCCCACUACUUGUUGUAGACUGAAACUCCCGUUGUAUCGAGGCUUUUCAAACAAAUACAAAUCCAGUUCUUCUAGAAGGGACACUUCAUACCACACUGAGCAUGUGCAGUAGUAAAUAAGAAACCUAACUGGGAAUUCAGAUGCUUCUUGGCAUGUAGGCAGAUACUUUUGAAUCUGACCAAUCUUAAGCCAACGUGUUGUGGGUGUUUGGUUUAGUGGAGGCCGUGUGCAUGAAGGAGGUCGUGGUGGGCAUUUGUUGCCAGGGGAGGUGAUGUGUUAUUUUCAGUCCAUUGUGUCUGCUUCCUGUGGGUCAUGGGUUAUUGGAGCUGGGUGUUGCAGACUUUAGAGUGAGGGGAGUGAAGGGAAGUCAGCCGAGUAGGUUGGAAAAUAGUCCAAGUUCACAGCAACGACUGGUCAUCAGCUCACUUACCUUGCUCGCUAGCUUCGCUUCGCCGCUACCCGAGCUAAGCUUGGACUCUUCAAAAUCAGGCAUGGAAGAAGAGGUGGUUUGUUCUUCGCAGUGGCCGUCUUACAGGCGACCCAGAUGUGCUGGAGUACUACAAGAAUGACCAUGCUAAGAAACCCAUUCGUGUGAUUGAUCUCAACUUGUGUGAUCAGGUGGAUGCCGGGUUGACGUUCAAAAGGAAAGAAUUUGGGCACAGCUUCAUAUUUGACAUCAAGACCUUUGACCGCAUCUUCUACCUGGUGGCUGACACCGAAGACGAGAUGAACAAGUGGGUUCGCCACAUCUGUGACAUCUGUGGCUUUAACCCGACCGAUGAAGAUGCUGCAAAAGCUGGCCCCCAAUCUGUGGUGGACAUCCCCCCACACCCCAUUCUGGGUAACGUCGCUGGUCAAACGGCAUUGGUGCUGCCUAACGUGCCGCCUCCUUACCAACCCGUCAGCGUGAGACAAUUGGAGCCUCAGUCCAGUUCAGAGGUUCAGGAUUACCUGUGGCUUGCAAACUGUGAAAGCAAAAAGCCUGAACCCAACAGAGCUCCUGCUGAGUGCUCCAAGUCUACCUCUUCCGAGACUGACCUGAAUGACAACCUUCCAUCUCAUCGCACGCCUACGUUCUCCUCUUCCUCAACUAAGCAAAUUUCCCACAAUGGCUUCUUCCCACAGCAUCAACCUCCAACCUCUGCUCCUUCCUUUUACGACUCUCCGCCCUCACGCGGUGCCUCGCUAUCGAGCGACAGCGGCAUCUAUCACCUCCCUCGCAGCUACUCGCAGGACACUGUGCUGCUCCCCAAGUCGGCCUCUUCGCCAACGGCCCACCCGGACGGCGGGGACGCCUCUGAGCUUUACGUCUUUAACACGCCAAUCAGAAAGGCCUCAGUGGAGACACAGAUACGCAAUCUUUCUGUUAGUUACGACAUCCCACCGACACCUGGCUCAAACUCUACAUACCAGGUUCCACGUACACUGUCCACAUCCACAACGUUGGGAAGCUACGAGAGCGAUGUAGUACCUCCUCCUAGGCCGCCCAAGCCUUCUCUCAGUUCCUCCUCAGGACUCCCGCCACCUCCUGCUGAGCGCUCACCCACGGACACCUAUUGUGUGCCUCGCUCAGCUGCAGAGAUAGAUGGAAAUUACUGUGUGCCAACGAGUGCCGGAAAUAAGAAUUCACGCAGCAACACUAUGGAGUCUUUACGUCGACACAAAGAUUUUGGAUCCCAGGACUGCUACGACAUUCCCAGAUCAUACUCAUCAGAAACGAGUGUCUCAGACUUAAAUGAAAGCUUCAACAGCUAUUUUAAAAAGAAAGGAUUUAUGCCGCUUGAAAGCCAUUCUAUGGAGGAGGGUGAGCAGAACUAUGUCCCGAUGAGCGUUAACUCCCCGUCACAUCAGCACUCCACCAGUUUGCCGGAGUCGAUGCAUGAUACAAACUAUGUGCCUAUGACCCCAAACACUAUGGAGUUCUCCUCCCUGGGGAAGCAGGUUCCCCCACCUGCCCAUAUGGGAUUCCGCUCAAGUCCAAAGACCCCUCCACGGAGGCCUGCCCUCGGCGAGUGCCAGCAGCCGCCACCUGUGGAUCGCAAUCUGAAACCUGAUCGUAAAGGUCAAAGCCCUAAAAUAAUAAGAGCACCAGGUGUGGUUUUAGAGCGAACCGACUCUCAAACCAUAGGUGAUUUCCAGAGACGACGCAAGGUAAAGCCUGCUCCCCUGGAGAUCAAACCACUUCCUGAGUGGGAGGAGACAUGCACACCUGUCCGCUCGCCUGUCACACGCUCAUUUGCUCGAGAUUUCUCUAGGUUUCCAAUACCAAUACCAGCGAGACCCCCGUCAGUGCAUAGCACGGCAUCCAGCACUGACUCCGAAGAUUUCGGAGAGCCUUAUGUAGACAUGGACCCUAAUAUGCACCCAGAUGACCCAAUGAAAAUGACUGCACCGUUGACGGCGCCGAUGCCUGCAGAUGGCGGGAGCAGCCCUAUGAUGAAACCCAAGGGAGAUAAACUGGUGGAGUACUUGGAUUUGGAUCUAGAGGCUGGCAAGUCAACCCCACCUAGGAAGAAAAAAAGCAACGGAUUUGGCUCGACAGCGUCGGAUGAGCGUGUUGACUACGUGACUGUGGACCAGCAACGAACACAGGCUCUCAAGAGCACCAGGGAGGCGUGGAGCGAAGAUCGCCAGUUAACAGAGACCGACACAUCCUCAAAAGUACUCAAAUGAACUUGACCACCUACUCACCCUCCAAACCUCCAAAACCACCAGGCCUUUGAUUGUGGGUCUGACCCGUUGCACCUCAACAGCAGUGGAUGAUGGCAACCACCUACCUGACUUUAGAUUCCACUGCUGCCUGGUCUAUGACAGCACCGUGUGGGGUGGCCCAGGAAUAUGCUUUGAGGUUUGAAAGAAGUCUGGAUUAACCGGACUUUUCUGAGCGGGGGUGACAUAAACUUUGAACUUUCACUGCCUUUGAUAAAAAUUAAGGGCUUUUUUCCCCUCCCCUUCAUUUCUUCCAUCAUCUACAGGCUAAUAUUCAAAGUAACAUUUACUUAAAUUGUACUGCAGUCUGGUGGUGUUUUCAAGCGUAAAUGAACAUGCUUGAUAACGUAAUCACUGAUCUGUCGAUGCAGAAUUACCACGUGGCAUCACAGAUUAACGGUGUUGAUUUUUUUAGUUUCUGCUGUUUGUCUAAAUUUGACUUUCCUUUUUUUCUUAAGUCAUGAGGAAAGCUCAAACGGGCCGUAGUUUGGCUCGAGGCAGCGCUUUAAACUCAGCACAACAGAAUUUCACAGAUGCCUCUUCAAUCCAAAGGCAGUUAGACUUGUUUUGUAAGCUUACCAAGUGCUAGUUUACCUUUAGGGUUCACCUUAAGUUUUAUCCACUGAAUACGAUCAAACUUCCAUUUGAUUUUGUGAGUGGAACAUUUUCACUCUGCUAGUCUAGAUGUGCAAAAACUGUAAAAAAGAGUUGUGUAUAUAAUAGGGGGGGGGGGUCCUUUAUUUGUAUGAACUUCUCACCAUGCUUGACUCAAAGGUAUCGGAAUUCUGCAGGGUAGAAUUCUUUACCCGUCUGAUGGUUUCAGGACUUGUGAUUAUUGAAAUGAUUACUGUGAGUUUUAAGAGUGAGACAGAUUGUUUUUGGGUUACAGAGAGAAAAUCAGGUACUUUCUUUCUUUUUUUAAAUCCAUACUAACACAACUUUUCAUCUUUAAUUUAUUUCUUUCAUCAGGCCAGUGUCAUGACUGGUUAUAGAUAAUUCUGCAGUUUUUUUGACAUGCAAAUAAAUGAGUUUCAGAAACACUUAAUUUUAUUUUUUUUUUGCUUCUCUCCACAUUUAAUUUAUUUUAAACUGAACUGGCUGAGUGACCCACUCCCUCAUGUUGUCUCAGAUAAAAGGUCCGUCUUUACUCGCCUGUCAUCUCUUCAGAAAUCCCGAGCAUGUGCUACUACAGGUUAAAAUCGGCGCUGUACAUAGUUUUGCUAUUGAGCGUAAUAACAUAUUUUUAAAUCUGCCUCUUGUUCUUUUUUUUUUUUUACUUCAGUCUUUCCCUGUUGCAGUUUCUUUGUGACACAAACUGCAGAGCUGAUGAUGCUUUAUCUUUUGUAACAAAUCUCAACUGACAAAAAUGAAAUUUGAAAAGUGGACUAAUAAAACACGAACUACA